UCUGAAACAUGCGAGGGAGUGAUAAGCGCAGAACGGUGUCUGGUUAUACUCGGUGAUUAUACUGAAGUGGUUGUGUUAUACCGGGAAUAACAAGCACCUCGCCGUACCAGCUAGGAUAUACUGACCAGGGUCCGCUGCUAACCGCUCCAGAACAUUUAAAGACGUGUGGAAAAAGGGGAGAGCACGCACCUGGAACCAGGGAAUAUGGGGCUAUCUGGAACAGCGGUGUGGAGAUAAUGUGUUUGGAGUGAAGGGAAUGGGCAUAUCUGUUUGCCACUAUUGAAAGCAGAGAGUGGCAGAAAUACCUACCCGUCGCUACUACUACUACCACCCGGAGGACAGAGAGACAGUGACAUUAACUCCCGGUUCUCUGAGUUGAUCUGUAUAAAGCAGGGGGCGCAGCCAGAUUGCUGUGUGUGCCUGUCUGGGAAGAGGAAGCUCCGAUUUCAGAACUAUCUCCUCUUAUGUAUAUUUCAAAACGCCUUUAGCCAAACUGCUGUAGUGGUUGACAGUCACCUGUUGGCAUCCCCUGUCAGUGGUUCAAGAGACUUAACCGAAACUCAAAUGGUGGGGGCCGAGGGUGCAUUCAUUAAAUCAGAAAUAGACAUAAAAAAGAACGCCUGAACUCAUUUAAAUACCAGUGGGCAAAAAGAAGAAUUCCAUUAAACACCUCUUAAGUCAACCCCCCCGUAUUCUGUCACACCGCAUUCCUGAGAACCACGCGUUACACAGCUCCCGAGAAAGAAAUCAAAGCAAGCGCUGUAUGACAUGAACACCUGAGAGCUACCGAGCCGACCGCGCACAGCUGCGUUUUAUUGUAACUGGCUAGAACCUGAAAGGACGCACUCGAUUAUUGUAGCGGAGGCUAACGUGAUUGCCGAUUGCUUUCUGAUUAUCUACAAAAGGGAAUUAACAUCAUUUGUAUAUUCUGAUAAUCUACAAAGGGAAUUAACAUCAUUUGUAUAUACAUAUGACCAGAUUGUUGUCUUCUGUGAAAUCGUUUCUGAGGUUUGCACACACCGUAUUUAUAAUCUCCCACCAGGUAGAGGUUUAAUGAGAGAUCUGUCCGGGCUCGUUUCCUGAUACAGUGAUGUGGCACACUCACAGCAAAAACAAAAAAGUACAGUGAUUAAAGUAUAAUUAUAUCUUAGACAAGCACCUCUGAGAAGGCGCUAGGUUCGGGUCCCAUCCCUGUGUGCCAGCCAGCCCGAGGGGGUGUCUGUCGGGCGCCAGGCGGAUUCACUUGGAUCAGCGCUAAUACGUUAAAUGGGCGAUUUUUGUAAGUGUAUGUAGAAAAUCUAAUAUACAAAAUAACAAUCACUUUCAAACGGACAAUUUCCUCGACUUUGUAGUUCCAAUGGGGUGAUCAUCUCCCCACGGAUCCCGAAGCAAUGGGUGCGAACUGCAGUCAAGUUGCAGCAGAAACUCUGUCUGACUUUGUUGUGAUUUUUUUUUUAAACCGCCACAUCCUCACGGGAUAGCUUAAAUAUGUAUAUUGAAACUUGGAAAUGUUCUUAACCCUUUCGUCGCCAAAGAAUAUGUCGCUUUCAGAAAUCAGGAGGCUGUCUCAAUGCGUGGCUGUGAUCUUCCUCACUCUGCUGCUCUCUCCAGUCUGUCUGUCUUCCCCCCAUACCCCUUGGGGCUCCCUGUGGGGUGAAGCCCCGCCCCUGAGUCGCGCCCGCCGGCAGCUGCGAUUCGGUAACGAGUGGAGCUCCUGGAUUGGCUGGUCUGCCUGUUCACGCACCUGCGGAGGAGGGGCCUCCGUUCGAAGUCGCACCUGCAUCACCAGGAACCUGCAGGGGGGGCCGUGCACCGGAGAGCCCAGGCAGUAUAAGAUCUGUAACAUCCAGGACUGUCCAACAGGGGCGCUCGGGUUCCGGGAGCUGCAGUGUGCCGCCUAUAAUGAUAAACCUUUGGUGGGCAGCGGGAGUUACAAGUGGACAACCUUCCAGGGAGGUUCAACCCCCUGUGAUCUCAGCUGCUUGGCACUGGGGCACAAUUUCUACUAUAACUUCGGACGAGUGCUGGACGGGACGCCCUGCCAGACUGAACUGGGUGGGGUCUGCAUCAACGGGCGCUGUUUGCGGCCUGGCUGUGACCUGAUCCUGGGCUCGGAGCAGCAGCAGGAUGCCUGCAUGGUGUGUGGGGGGCGCAACACCACCUGCCUGCUCCAUCGCAGUGUAUACCGGAGCCCCAGCCAGGCUGUCGGUCCCUUUGGAUAUAAUGAAGUCACAAUGAUUCCUGCUGGAGCCACGCACAUCCGGGUGACUGACAACAGCAAGAACUACCUGGCACUGCAGAACGGGCGCUCCCAGUAUGUCAUCAAUGGUAACUGGGAGAUCGACUGGCCGGGGGAGUACAGCGUCGCUGGGACCAAGCUGGUGUACAAGCGCUCAGCAGACAACCGAGAGAGCUUUGAGGCUUCAGGACCCACCCAAGAGGACCUGCACAUCAUGGUGCUGUCCACUGACAGGAACUCUGGGAUCGAGUAUGAGUACUGGCUGCCACGCGACCGUUACGCGCUCUACCAUGGGGGGAGGAGCCAGCUGCACCAGCCACAUCAAUCAGCAACCUUCUCGCCAUGGCAACGUCCAACCAGCACCACAACAACACUGGCAACUACUAGCACAACAACAGCCAGGCCUCCCUCAACUACUACCACCACCACUACCCCAGCCUGGGCUCCUGCAGGACACAAUCCGUCUCGGCAUCAAAACAACCAGCCGCAGGCACGCCUGGAGCGAGACGAGAACUGGAGCAACCAGAUCCCUCAGCACCACAGACCCGGUCACUGUGGGAAGUGCAGGAGGGUUAGAGGGAAAGGAAACCGCGUCAGACAGUACUGCCAGAAGGACUUCGUGUUCCGUGGCAAGGUGCUGGGGAAGCAGUACAGGGGUCAGGAGACGCGCUAUGACAUGCAGGUGAUCCACACCUACCGCAACCGCUUCCCGCUGGUGCGCCGCGAGUUCAUGUGGGUGCCCAACGUGUGUGACUGCCCCCAGCUGGAGGAGGGCCGCCAGUACGUGAUGAUGGCGCGGCGGCACGUCAACUACGAGCGCACGCUGAACCGCAUCCUGCUGGAGACCGACAGCUACGUGCGGGAUUACCGCCCCCGGGAGGAUGAGCUGCUGCGCUCCCUGGAGCCGGAGUGCCUGAAGCAGAGCUAUCCUCCCACGGCCUGAUCAGAGGAGCUGGAGACACCCCACCCUGGAGAGAACACCGACACAAUCUCACACCGCUGCUCACAUCGCUCUGCCUGCAGCCCAAGGAAGCUUGUGCGCUUGUAUUGAAAAUGAGAAGAGUAAGGAACGGUGGGGAUGGUUCAGAAGCAGGGAACUGGAGAUCACCAGGGUCCAGACAAUUCUAUACAGCUCAGAACUAGGGAUCCGAGAGCCAGCAAAUGGAACAAAGAGAGAUCUCAUUUACAGAUGAACACCUGAAAUGUAAAAAUCUGCCUAGGUCUUUUUUUUUUUUUUGACCGAAAAAUUGCAAUAUUAGUUCACAUUUGGGGUCAUUUCAUUUAGUCAGUCUCAAUUCUCUUUCCUCAGUUCCCAGAGUUUGGGAAAGUCACUUGAAAAUUAACUGACCAGGAGAGAAAGGACCAAAGGUGAAUAUUACUUUUGUUCACUAGAAACAGAACCCACCCACAACAUGUAGCCCAUCGGGGACCUUAAUGACAAUGUAAUCUCAUCACAUUGUAAUCUCUGCCAACCCGCUCCUGAAGCAGUAAUUCAGGGUUUGAAUACACCCCUUCAGCGGUGAACUGUUGUCUGGAGUACAAACCUACCCUGGUGGGGUUUGUGAAAGAAUACCCUUGGGAGAGCGUGUGUCUAACCCCUAUAUUCUAUCCCCCCCACCCACACCCAAUUCAGACCUUCUGAACUGGAGUGUGAUCCUGUGUAAUGUUUUAUAAUUUAUAAAGACCUCAGCACGACACCAAAGAUCACUUGUGUAUAACAUUUUGUUUUGCAUUAUAUACAUUUAUAAUCAUGUACCUGUAUUAUUAUGUGUCUUUAUUACUGUCACUUAAUCAACAAAAGUGUAUUAUUAUUAUUAUUAUUAUUAUUAUUAUUAUUAUUAUUAUUAUUAAAAUAUAUAUAUAUAUAUAUAUAUAUAUAUAUAUAUAUAAGAUGUAAAACUCUACUUCUUGACAGAAUAUUAUUUUUAAUAAAGGUUUAUGCUGAAGCAACAUGGAUUAAAACAGGCUAAAGACCUGUGGCUGAAACAGGAUAUGAAAUUCUGGCAGGAUCGGAUUAUCGGUUCCACCACACAAGCCAUUAUUUGUAAUUUAAAAUAAAAAUGAAUUUAAAAUUUUACAAAAAAAAAA